AUGCAAUUGGAAUUCGAAUGCACGCCCGAACAAACCCGGAUCACUAAGGAUAAGGAAUCAGAGCCGGCGGCUGACAGUCCAGAGAAAAAGAAUGCGGAAAAACCUAGUCCACCGGCAUGGGGAAAUCGCCAAAAGGGCGAAACUGAUCAUAUCAUCAUCGGAAUACCCGUCAAUCUGAUGGGCGGGAGUAUAAAGUUCCGGGUGUUCGAUUGCCGUUUUUUUACUGUACGACGCGGUCGUCAUGAUCGCUACUCAGGGCCACCAGGAUCGGUGCAUCCGGAUACACAAGCAGCUGUCGUCGUCCUGCCAAAUUAUGUUCUAGGCCACGUACGAGCGGGAGGUGAUGGAGUUCGCCGAGUAACCAAUCCGAUCGUGUUUCGUCUGGUGCGGGAGCAAACAGUACUACGUCAAGUGCCGCAACCAGGACAAGAAAUAUCAAGCAAUUUCGAACAUCUACGGUGUGAUUACCGUCGGACAAGCGAUCAUUUUUUGUCAUGUGAUACACGCAAAGCGGCCGGUUGGUUGUCCGGCAAGAUGUCCCAGGAUGGUCACUCGGUAGCGGUACUGUCCGGUGAUCUAACGGUGGAGCAACGGUUGGCCGUUAGUGAUCGAUUCCAAGCCGGACUAUAG